AUGGCUCUCGUGAGUACAGGUCAGCCGGAAGCCAAGCGGGCAAAGUACACGGGCGGCGCCGAGCUAGUCCCUGCGCUGCAGGAGCAGCUCAUCCAUGUGCAGCAUGUGAACCGGAAGAGCGGCCUUUUUGGCCCCACCAUGCUGCUCACGGGCCACGAUGGGGAGGUGUUUUGCUCAGAGUUCUCCCCUGACGGGCGCGCCCUGGCGACCGGCUCCUUCGACAAAUCCAUCUACCUUUGGAAUGUGUACGGUGAGUGUGAGAACUACGGCGUGAUGAAAGGACAUGCCAACGCUGUCUUAGAGGUGCACUGGAAGCAUGACGGCACUCAGCUUUACAGCUGCUCCGCGGACAAGAGCGUGUGCGUGUGGGACCCGGAAUCCGGCAAGCGGCUAAAGAAGCUGAACGGGCACACGGCCAUCGUGAACAGUAUGCAGACUUCGCGUCGUGGAGUACCCUACCUCGUUAGCGGAGGAGAUGAUGGUACCACCAAGCUGUGGGACUUGCGCGUGCGCCGGUGCGUGCAUACAUUUGAGCAUCAGUAUCAGAUCCUGGCUGUCUCCUUCGACGACACUGCCGAGAGAAUUUUCUCUGGGUCUCUGGACAACACAGUCCUGGUCUACGACAUGCGAAUGCGGGACCAGGAUCCUGAGGUUUGGGAAGGCCACACGGACAGUAUCACGGGCUUGGACGUUUCCAAGGACGGCAACUUCCUAGCGACCAACUCGAUGGACAAUACGGUCCGCAUCUGGGACGUGAGGCCCUUCGCGGGAGCCAGGAACCGGUGCCUCCGAAUUCUGCGAGGGGCGACGCACAACUUCGAGAAGAAUCUGCUCCGAGUACGCUGGUCUGAGAAGGAUUCCCUCCUCGCUGCUGGCUCCGCGUGCCAGAACGUCAACAUCUGGGACAUGAAGAUGCUGCAGCUUGCAUACAGGCUGCCUGGGCACACUGGCAGCGUGAAUGAGGUCUGCUUCCAUCCCAAGGAGCCCAUCAUAGCCUCUGUGGCCUCAGACAGGUUGGUCUUCAUGGGUGAGCUCGGCGACUGA